CUUCACGACGCCAUUUCUCAAGGCAACGAACAGGAAGUUCAACGUUUGCUUCAAAAUGGUGCCGACGUUAAUGCCUUGUACAACAGAGAACUUCCGUUUACGAGAGCCGUGGAUUUAUGCAACAACAGAAUUGCCGAAAUUUUGAUCGGACAUAAAGACUUCAACCCUAAUUCCAAAAAUCAAUUAGAUCGCACGCCAAUUUUCUAUGCAGCAAAAUACGAUAGGCUGUCUAUGGUUCAAAAGUUGAAAUCGUUCGGAUGUGAAACGGACGCCAGUGAUAUAAGAGGAGUUACUCCCCUUGGAGCUACGAGCUGGGAUGACGCAGCUAGAUCAGCGGACUUCUUAAUUCAAAAUGGCGCCGACGUAAACAAAAUCGACUUCAAGGGAGAAUCGCCUUUACAUCGCGCAUGCUCCAAUGUCAGUAUAGAAGUGAUUAAGUUAUUAUUGAAUCACGGUUGUUGUGUUAAUUCUCAAACAAAAGACCAAAAGUUGUCGCCCUUGAUGAUGUCAAUACCGUCCUCCUACGAACUGGAUGUUCGGGGGAAACCAUUGACUAAAAUGAUCGAUAUAGUGAAAUUACUUUUAACAAAAAACUGUGAUCUUAAUUUAAAAGAUAAAAAUGGAAGGACAGCUUUACACCAUGCAGUUGACUCGAACGAAUUCCACAGCGCUUGUUUAUUUAUGGAACAUGGUUGUGGUUUGGACAUUCCAGAUAAUGAGGGAUUAACUCCCUUUCAUUUAGCUAUAACACUGACUGAUAACAACACGUCUGUCCUGGAAUCCAUUUUGAAAUCUAAAAUUAUCGAUAUUAACUCACCGCUUAAGGAUAAAUCUCCUCUGACCCUUGCAACCGAACGCGGCCAUAUCGAAUGUGCCGUCUUACUUCUCCAACAUGGCGCUGACGCGACAGAACUUGAUCCAAACGGACAGAAUUCUCUCCAUGUUGCUGCGUCCAAAGGUAAAGCGGAACUUUUACAAAUUCUAAUGAUUAAUCAGGAUGUAAAUUGUCGCAAUGCAGAAAAUAAAACGCCAUUAUGGUUAGCAGCCGCGGAAGGUCAAUUCGAUUGCGCCAUUUUGUUAUGUAUGAACGGAGCAGACCCGUCACUGAUGGGCGAUAUUCGCGUUCCUGCCUUACAUUUUGCAGCCGGAAGUGGACAAGUGAAGGCUGCGGAGUCUUUUCUUCAACAUGGCGCCGAAGUCACAGCUUUAGACGGUAACGGUAAUACGGCGCUCCACGUGGCGGCAUCACGAGGG